AUGGGCAACAAACACAAGAAAAAACAGAAGCCUGACCCCCAGAACUGUCCCCGCACCUCCCUGCGUGCCAUCACAUCAUUUUUCCAGCCGCAGCCCGACGAGGAGAGACCGGACUCCACAAAACCAUGUCAUCUCCCUCAGGGCCCAGCGCCAUUACAGCCUGCUACUUCGGCUCCUGCACGGAUCAAUACCCCAGCACAGUGCGACAGCUCCGCCGCACUGCCAGCGAUGUCGGAGACUAAAACUGCGGCGACGGGACAUGGAGUGGAAACCCCUCACACCACGCCAAGUGGAGCGGCAAGUACAAUCUCCCCUAGACACGAGCACUCACCUACCCCGGAGUCUUUCUCUGUGAGCGCCGAAUCGCUGAAAUCGGCAGGCAGCGCUUUUCAUAUCACUCUCCCCCCUGGACAGAGACAGCUUCCCUGCGGCACUGUGGCCACACAGCCGACCCAGGCUCCAGGGGAAUAUCCCCCUGUGUCAGACUAUCCUAUAGAAGCCAUUGCUGGAGAGCACAGCCCACGUCCUCCAAUGCCCCCUAAAGAACCGGGAUCAUCACAACCUCCCAGCCAUCACAGCACAACCUCUCCUCCACAAUUUGUUAACCCCUCAACUACCCUGUCCUCCCAGGUCCGAUGUUCCCACCCUGCCUCACCCCUAGACCACACUGCCUUGCAUCAGACAGACUCGGGGUCGUCGGCUUCAAGUGGAGGUUCUACAGGAGAAGAUAGCCCCCCAGAAUAUUGGGGAGCCAGCCCCCCCCCCUGCUAA